GAUAAAACAUUUAUUCAGCCAGUCACCGCUCUGAACGCAACGACGCCAUUCGUCGCGCGCACGCCGUCUGUUUCCCGCCGCUAAUUUAAAUCGCGCAACGAAAAGUAUCGUUCAUUCCAUUCAUUUAUAAUCAAUUAAAUAUGCCUAAAAAGAAAUAAGUAGUGUAUUUAAAAACGUAUUGUAUUUUAUCGCUUCUAUUAAUUUGGGACAUGUGCUAACUGUGACUGCUUUAAAUGACUUACGUCCCGCAUGAUUAGCGCGUUUUCGUCACUGUGAUAGUGCAUUGUGAAACUCUAUAACCUGUGUUUAAACUUUUUUUCAAUUUACGUACUGUUUCGUGAAAUUCAUUUCGCGAAACGCUGUGAUAAACUUUCUUUAUGAUAGGUCCAUAUAUGAAGUGUCAACAUUUUUACCCCAAACAUUAUGAUUUACAAAUGGAUAUUAUGAUAAGAGUGAAGUGUUGUCAAGAAACUAAAAAUCCGAAGUGACCAAGUGGUGCGGUUGUCUGUUUUGCUACGUUCCGUUUCUGAAUCUUUUGUCCAUUCAAUUCUUCAAUAUGUCCGAUAAAACGACGUCGUCCGUCGGCCCGAGGAGUUUCGAGACGAUAUCUGAGGAGGACGGUGAAUCGCCGUGGGAGAAACUGUUGGGUGAUGUGAACGCUGCUGUCCCUACGAUAAUAACGACGAACGCGUCGAACGGGACGAUGGCCCCGAGCGCCGGGGACGCGUCCCCGCCGCGCCUGGACGUCGAGUCCAACAAGCUGACGCGCUCCAAGAGCCUCAACCAGCGCCGGAACAGCAGCGGCCUCCUCAGCACCUUCCCGCGGCAGCUCCGCCUGUCCCUCCGCGGCGUUCGCAGCGAACCUUCCAGUGUCAAGGAUGUACCCACUACUAGAAACGAGAGUGCCCUAAACCUUCUUCUUAAAUAUCGUCAAGCCCGAUACGCAGCGAGACGUGUGCGAAAGCGUGUCAUUUUCAAGCACGGAGACUGCAAUGUGGUCCAAUGGAACGUGGCUAAGCGCAGGCGCCGAUACCUUCAGGACAUCUUCACGACCCUCGUGGACGCGCAGUGGCGGUGGACGCUACUCGUGUUCGCCCUCUCCUUCAUCCUCUCCUGGCUCCUGUUCGCUCUGAUCUGGUGGCUCAUCAUCUUCACACACGGCGACCUGAACCCUCCUACGAAUUCCAGUGAACCGCUAGUCCCAUGCCUCAAUAAUGUCAAUUCCUUCACCGGUUGUUUCCUCUUCUCCGUUGAAACUCAACACACCAUCGGUUAUGGCUCGAGAACAACAAACGAAGAAUGCCCUGAAGCAAUCUUCGUUAUGUGCCUUCAAAGCAUUGUUGGUGUUUUCAUUCAAGCUUUCAUGGUUGGAACCGUUUUCGCCAAACUCUCUAGACCAAAAAAACGAGCCCAAACAUUAUUGUACUCCCGAAACGCCGUUGUUUGCUUACGAGAGGGCCAAUUGUGCCUGAUGUUCCGUGUCGGAGACAUGAGAAAGUCCCAUAUCGUUGAAGCACAUAUAAGAGCGCAAAUUAUUCGCCGCAAGAUCACCAGAGAGGGAGAGUUACUGCCAUUUUACCAACAAGAGCUGAAAGUAGGAGCUGAUGGAGAAGAAGACAGACUGAUGUUCAUUUGGCCCAUGACUAUUGUCCAUAAAAUUAAUGAGAAGUCGCCGCUUUACAACCUUUCUGCCUCAGAUAUGUUAAGAGAGAGAUUCGAGAUUGUUGUUAUGCUUGAGGGUGUGAUCGAAUCAACGGGUAUGACGACUCAGGCAAGAAGUAGCUUUUUACCAUCAGAGAUUCUGUGGGGACACCGAUUUGAAACUAUGGUAUCUUUCCGAAAAGAUACCGGAGAAUAUGAGGUGGACUACACACGAUUCAACAAUACAUACGAAGUGGACACGCCCCUCUGUUCCGCGAAACAACUUGACGAGCUGCGAGCCACCGUCUCCACUUCCCAGAAAUUAGAUCGCAUGCUCGGCACCAUUCCGAAGACAUUCUCCAACGACACGUUAGACAUGAGCUCCGUCGAUUCCAUGUCCCUGGACGAGCACAUAGAAAUAAAGAUCCCAGAAGCGCGCGCGAGAGAGAACAGGCUGAUGGCACAGAACAACUUCGUGCAGCACGUCAAUGAGAAGAAGAAUUCCAGUCACACGCAUCUGGCCGUAGAGAACGGACACGAAGCUCUGCCAAAGAUCAACUCGGCCAUCAUGAUCAGUGAUAAGACAGAGCGAGAUGGACACAUCCACAGGAGCCACAGCCACGCAAGCAUGAAGAGGAUGCAUAUAGUUGUGCCGAACGGCAUCGGCCAUAUGGCGAACGGCCAUGAUCAUAGAGCGGAACACAAAAUCAAAAAGUAAAUCACCAAGCGAGCACCAGAUGGAGUCAGUAAUCCCGAUCUUGGUGACGUCACCGGAGCCCGCUUGACCGCGCGCGCGCGUUACUUUC